CGUCUGGACCAGGGAGAUGCUGCCUGCAACGUUCAAGCUCUGCGCCGCCAUCUCCUACCGGCACCUGCGCAAGAUGACUGGUCUGAGACGACAAGCCGCUGUCGCCAUCAGCCAGGAGCUGAGCAAGUUCGCCUGCCGCAGCACGGGACCCAGCACGUGGAUUAACCAGGUUCGCAGAAGAAGCUCCUUGCUCAGCUCAAGGCUGGAGGAGAAGCCCUUCAGUGAGAUGGAAAUGUCUUACAUCAAGCAAGGAGAGGAAGCCCUCCAGAAAUCGCUCAGCAUCCUCGGGGACCAGGAUGGCUGGAAGACAGAGACGGUGGUGGAUAACGGAGACAAAGUGCUGAGCAAAGUGCUCCCGGACGUGGGCAAGGUGUUCCGACUCGAGGUGGUGGUGGACCAGCCCCUGGACGCGGUGUACAGUGAGCUGGUGGACAACAUGGAGCAGAUGGGAGACUGGAACCCCAACGUCAAAGAAGUCAAGAUUCUGCAGAAGAUUGGGAAGGACACAGUGAUCACCCAUGAGAAGGCGGCCGCUACCCCUGGCAACAUUGUUGGACCACGGGACUUUGUGAGCGUCCGGUGCUCUAAGAGACGUGGCUCCACCUGUGUCCUGGCCGGCAUGUCCACAAAAUACGGAGCUAUGCCAGACCAGGAAGGAUUUAUAAGAGCUGAGAACGGUCCCACGUGUAUGAUCCUGCGCCCGCUGCCCGGCAGCCCUUCGCAAACCAAGCUCAUCUGGCUUCUCAGCAUUGACCUGAAGGGCUGGCUGCCGAAGACCAUCAUCAACCAGGUCCUGUCCCAGACGCAGGUCGACUUUGCCAACCACCUUCGGGAGCGCCUGGCCCGGACGGUGGCCGUGACCUGCUGACCACGCCGACUGCUGUUGUAAUGCUUUGUGCAGGGGUAAAGUAGGGAAUCUUGUAAUGGGGAAAGUCAGACACAAUUUAGUAACAGCCUGUGCCUUUAAUAGUCGACACCACUAAUUAACACAUCAUUUCAAUAAAUAAAGCAAGCUUUAUUUAUUGAAACUAAUUGGUUAGGGAGGUUGCACAUGCUCAUUGUGCAAAUGCAGGACCAAAAAUUUGAGGUCCCAGUCCUGCAUCUGCUCCACAGAGCACAUGCUGGUGCAGUCAGGCCCCUGCGACCUCCCUAACUAAUUAGUUUCAAUAAAUAAAUAAAGCUUUAAGUAGUGGUGUCUACUAUUAAAGGCCUUGGCUUAUUAGUUAUUGGGGAGGUCCCAGAGCCCUGCCAGGGAAGGCAGGAGGACCAGCACACUGACUUCACUUCAACUUUUACUCCCCUCCUUCCCCCAAAACACAAACACAGCAUGCACUUACUUACCUAAAAAUUUUAUUCCCUUCUCCCCCCAGUGAAGCAGCUCUAAUUUAUUUUUCCUGUACAGACACACACAGAGUGUCAAAUUAUUUAUUCAUUCAAAGCUCUGCAACGGUGAUCAUUGCAGGAGGCCCUGUCUAACUUGUCAAUGCAGGGAGCAGGAGGAGAUCUUCAGCUUGAGAGAUCUCAAACGUGUAGCUACUCUGAGUGUAAAUCUCAUUUGUAACAAGUCCAAGACAAAAAAACAAGCAAG